GUAAGACUAGACUUCUAGCACACUCCAAACAACAAAUACCGCAACAGCGUAAGCUACUUGGCAUGUGAUGUUUCCUACUAGGUAGGCUAAUCGCAUCAAAUGACACCAACAGCUACAGCGUACCGCUGCCCACCUACUCAUAGCCCGACUCAAAGUCCUACCCAUACCAUCAACAACCAAUUCAACCACUUUCAUAACAAGUCUUCGCCGUUUAUGUUAACUCAUAUCAAUCACUACAACUUAGCUAUACCAUACCUCGAGCUAAACACAGUGGCAAUAAAUGCUAUCAAAUUCUCUACUCAGUUCUGCCAGUAUUCACAGGAGUUCUGUCAGACAUUCAAAAUAAAGAAUAUAUUUGUUACCCUAGAAGCUACAAGAUGGCUUCUCCCAAAGAAGACCCUGACCUACUUGGGCAGGGCUCAAUAUGUUCGCGGUGUACAAGACUUGCUGUAGCACCUAUCUUAAUGAUGUGGCAGAAACUAACUGACGACAUGACACUGCUGACCUGUCACCCUUCUGGGCCACUCCAACCACGCGUCUAGCGGCGCAGGCACGACCUGGGCAAUCUCGACCAACAACUCCAGCCCCCUGUGACCGACGAACCAGUAAUUGGCAAAGGCGUGGAGCUGCGCGCAAUAGAAGG